UUCUUCUCUCAAUCUCGAGACUCGACUCGACUCAGUUUUGAAAAACCCAGCUUUGAUUCAGGACUCGUGGAACCACUAGCGAUGCAAUUCCUCCAGAACUCUCGUCGAAUCGCUAAGUUCUUAAAACCCAUUGUUAUCACCGAGACCAAUCCGAGAUUCUACUCCUCUGCUUCUCAAAUCCCAAGCUCCUUCCAAUGGCGGAAUCAAACGUCUACUUCAUCCUCUUUAUUAAAAGGGAUUGAUAGAUGUAGUCACUCGUCGUCUUUGAGCUUGUUGACUCCCAGGUCGAGCUUUUCCUCUGAAGCAGAAAAGCUUGCUGGAAAUCCUACAGUAGUUGUUAAGGAAUUGCAUGAUAAGAUGCUUGAUUCUGUGAAUGUCAAGAGAUCAAUGCCUCCAAAUGCUUGGUUGUGGUCGUUGAUUGAGAGUUGUCAGAAUCAGGAUGAUGUUAAUCUUCUCUUUGACGUUCUUCAGAAUCUCAGGAGAUUUAGAUUAUCCAAUCUUCGUAUUCAUGACAACUUCAAUUGCAAUCUAUGCCAACAAGUUGCUAAGACUUGUGUACGUGUUGGAGCAAUUGACUCAGGAAAGAAGGCUUUGUGGAAGCAUAAUGUCCAUGGUUUGACACCCAGUGUUGCAUCAGCACACCAUCUAUUGUCAUAUGCACUAGAACACAAGGAUUCUGAACUCAUGGAAGAAGUAAUGAAACUCCUGAAAACGAAUGACCUGCCUCUACAACCCGGCACAGCAGAUUUAGUUUUCAGGAUCUGUCAUGAUACAGAUAAGUGGGAUCUACUGGCCAAGUACUCUAAAAAAUUCUCCAAAGCUGGAGUUAAGUUGAGGAAGACCACAUUCGAUGUAUGGAUGGAAUUUGCUGCCAAGAAAGGGGAUACCGAGUCGCUAUGGAAAGUAGACAAACUGAGAUCAGAGACAUACAGUCAACACACUCUUUCUACUGCUUUCUCUUGCGCAAAGGGUUUCCUACUAGAAAGUAAACCCGAAGAAGCUGCUGCUGUCGUCCAGGUUAUCUGCCAGACAUAUCCUGAUGAGAAAAAGUCAUCAGUCUCAACUGAAUUCAAGAAACUUGUAAAUGAGUGGCCUGUGGACGUUAUCAAGCGCCAAACCGAAGAAGAUAAGAAGGCUCUAGCUUCUUCACUGAAAGCUGGGAUUCCUUCCAUGGUCAAUGCGUUGGUCACCUCGGGUUUGAACGUGAGCGUGGAUUUAGAUGAGCUAUACAAGAACGAAGCUCUUCUCAGCUAAAAUGAUUGAAUCAACAUUUGCAGAAGCUCUUUGGGGCUGCCUCAACAGGUUUAAAGUUCAUCCUUUCGCACCUAACUGUUGAUGUGAUGUUUUCCUUUUCAAUGGUGGCUAAGUAGAGACGAGGGAAAGAAACACAUUGACCGUUUCAGUAUCUUGCAUUCUACGGCAACUCGCUUUCUCCUUUAAGAGAUGGACGCAUACGAGUUGUCCAUUACAUGGUGGGACUUUUGUUCUUGAGUUGAUUAGUAAAAGAACAUUUUCUGUAAUAACAAAAUAAUAUAUAGCUUUUUGAGUCUUAUCUUAUUAGAAGGAGACAAAAAGGUUCAUUGAUUACAACUACUUAUCCAGUUACGUAUUAAUUCGUCGUCGAAUAAAAAAUUGAAUUUUGUAAAU